AUGCUAAUAGAUCAAUCAAAAAUUGUAGAAUACGACAAAGAGGUUAAGAGCCUCAUUGACAACGGAAUUGCUGAAAUUGUGCCCAAUAUCGAGUCUCCUAGGCCGAUUUAUUACAUGCCGCAUAAACCUGUUUAUAAAGAAAAUAAAAGCACAACGAAAGUGAGAAUCGUUUUCGAUGCGUCUUCGAGCGAAUCCGGCCAUACUUCGCUGAAUGAUCACCUUAGCGAAGGUUCUAAUCUCAUUGCCGACUUAUUCACAAUGCUACUACGUUUUAGGGCAAAUCGUAUCGCUGUGGUGGGCGAUAUAGAGAAAGCAUUCCUUCAGAUUUUACUGGAUGAAGCUGACAGAGAUACCCAUCGUUUUUUAUGGUACAAGUCAUGUCCAAGCGCAGAUCAACAUAAGCCAGAUCUGGCAAUCUAUCGUAUGACUAGGGUUACAUUUGGCAUAACAUCCAGCCCUUUCCUAUUAGCUAGCACUAUACGUAAUCAUUUGGAUGAAAGCUUAAAAAGUCAUAGCGUGCUGUGUGAAAAACUCAAAGCGUCGUUUACGUAG